AUGGGGCGUUCGCGGAAAGACAACCAUGGAUCGUGGCAGGGGAGCGGAGAGCACAACCCCGCGAAGAGGAAGUUCAGAGGCUCCCGGAAGACACCUGCUCAGCGACUACGCCUCGCAGAUCGCGCAGCGGAUCGCGCGCAAGAGGCUGAAGAAGCGUGGCAGGAAGCCUGGGGCCGCGCGGAGAUGCGAGCCGAGCAGGCAGACGAAGCGGCUGGAACAGCCGGCCGUGAGGCGAAGCGGAGCUCGGUGCAGCUCCACAAUGAGAGAGUCGAGAACAUGAAGCGCGAGGAGCAGCACAAGGCGACUCUCAAGAAGAUGGAGGAGGAGAAGAGCCGCGAGUUGCUGAAACAGCAGGAGAAGACGCAGCUGCAGCUGCAGCACCGCGACCAGGAAUGGACGGCAGCUGUGAAGCACCGCGAUGCAUGGCACUUCGGGGUGCGGAAGUCCUUGAAUGACGACCUCGAGGAGUCGCAGUCGCAGCGGCGGAUUUUGGCCGGGCGCUUGCAGGACGAGCAGGAGGCGGCUCGCAAGGACAGAAAGGAAGCGCGGGCCGAAUUGCUCAGCGAGCAGGCGAAAAACAUCGCCUUGGAGGUGCAGAUGAUCGGCCGCAAGAGAGGCGGCGGUGGCGGCCGUGAGGGAGGCUCCGGCGGCUAUGCCGGAGUUGGGGGUAGUAGUGCCAGCGGCAAACGCAGGUGA